UGUGGGCAGCUCAGGUCUCAGGUCUGCGUGGAUCUUGCGAUUCUUUGGGCUCUUCACCUCUGAAUGACUCUCCGGUGUUGUCGGUGAACCGUCGACACAUUUCCUGGUCAGGAGCCGGUGUGGUGAACAGAAACCGGACAAAAAGCAGGGGACGUAAAGCCAUGUUCAGAGUCCUCAGUCACCAAGGCAAGAGGACGCCGAGCUGCCUCGCAGGCCAGCGGCGCUAUGAGCACCACAGGGCCGUCAUGGCAAUCCGCCGCGAAGACAUCAAUCCCUGGGAAAGGAGGGCGCCGCUUGCCCCACGCCAUGUCAGAGAGCUCACACAUACAGGCGUCAAAGUCCUGGUGCAGCCAUCCAACCGCAGAGCCAUCCACGAGAAGUACUACAUGAAGGCAGGGGCUGUCAUUCAGGAGGAUAUUUCAGAGGCAUCACUGAUUAUUGGAGUGAAGAGACCACCAGAAGAGAAGGUCAUUCCCAAGAAGACGUAUGCUUUUUUCUCUCACACCAUCAAGGCACAAGAGGCCAACAUGGGGCUUUUAGAGGACCUGCUGAAGAAGGAGGUUCGCCUUAUCGACUACGAGAAGAUGGUUGAUGCUAAUGGCUACCGGAUUGUAGCAUUUGGUCAGUGGGCCGGUGUUGCAGGAAUGAUUAAUAUUUUGCAUGGAUUAGGGCUGCGCUUCCUUGCUCUUGGCCACCAUACUCCCUUCAUGCACAUCGGCAUGGCUCAUAACUAUAGGAAUGUCAGCCAAGCCAUCCAGGCAGUGAGGGAUUGUGGGUAUGAGAUUUCAAUGGGUCUCAUGCCCAAAUCCAUCGGCCCUGUCACGUUUUGCUUCACUGGAACUGGAAAUGUCUCCAAGGGAGCCCAGGACAUUAUCAAUGAGCUUCCUGUUGAAUACGUUGAACCUCAUGAGCUGAGGGACGUCUCUGAAACAGGAGACAUGACCAAAGUGUAUGCCACUGUUCUGAGCCGACACCACCACCUGGUCAGGAAGAGUGAUGGCAUAUAUGACCCCAUGGAGUAUGAGAACCACCCGGAACUGUACACAUCGCACUUCAGGACCAGCGUGGCGCCCUAUACAACAUGUCUGAUCAAUGGUAUUUACUGGGAUCCCCAAACCCCCAGACUGCUCAGACGACUGGAUGCUCAAAAGCUCAUGAGACCACCCAAAACCUCAUUUGGAGACAAUGAGGGAUCGCCUCAGCUACCUCACAAGCUACUGGCCAUAUGUGACAUAUCUGCUGACACCGGAGGCUCCAUAGAUUUCAUGAAUGAGUGCACCACCAUUGACAAGCCUUUCUGCAUGUAUGACGCUGACCAGCACAUAGAUCACGACAGUGUGGAGGGAAACGGAAUUCUUAUGUGCUCCAUUGACAACCUUCCUGCUCAGCUUCCCAUCGAAGCCACAGAAUACUUUGGAGACCGGCUCUUUCCCUACAUAUGGGAGAUGCUACCUUCAGACGCCACCAGACCGUUGGAUGAAGAGGAGUUCAGCCCUCAAGUCAGAGACGCUGUUAUCACCUCUAACGGAGUACUCACCCCAAAGUUUGAAUAUAUCGAAAAACUUCGAGAAAGAAGGGAGAAGGCCGAGAUCACGAGAAAGACCGGCAUGAAGCGAGUUCUGCUGCUAGGUUCAGGAUAUGUCUCUGGACCUGUUGUUGAGUAUCUGACCCGGGAUGAGAGGACUCAGGUCACUGUAGCAUCAGUGGUACUGAAGCAAGCGGAAGAACUGGCAGCCAAAUACCCCAACACCAUCCCCAUCACGCUGGACGUCAGCAGUCAGGAGGGACACCUCGACUCUCUGGUCAAAGAUCAUGACCUUGUCAUCAGCAUGCUGCCUUACUCAUUCCAUCCACUUGUUGCCAAACACUGCAUCAAGAGGAAGGUGAACAUGGUGACAGCCAGCUACCUGAGUCCUGCCAUGAAGGAGCUACAGAGCAGUGCGGAGGAAGCAGGCAUCACCAUUGUGAAUGAGAUGGGACUGGAUCCAGGAAUCGACCACAUGCUGGCCAUGGAGUGUAUUGAUCAUGCCAAAGCUGACGGCUGCAUUGUGGAGUCGUAUACCUCAUUCUGUGGGGGUCUUCCUGCUCCUGAGUGCUCAGACAAUCCUCUUCGUUACAAGUUCAGCUGGAGUCCGUAUGGUGUCCUCCUCAACACCAUCAGCCCUGCCAUCUUCCUCAAAGACAACCAGGUGGUGAGUGUUCCACCUGGUGGCUCUCUGAUGGAUUCCACGACUCCGAUGGAUUUCUUUCCAGGUUUCAACCUGGAGGGAUUUCCAAAUCGGGACAGCACCAAGUACUCGGAACCAUAUGGCAUCCAGACAGCACACACUCUAAUCAGAGGAACACUGCGUUUCAAGGGCUUCUCCAAGGCCAUGAGUGGUUUUGUUAAACUGGGUCUGAUCAACAGCGAGCCCAGUCCCAUCUUGCAGUCCACUUCAGCUCCCAUUUCCUGGAAAGAACUCCUUUGUCAGCAGAUGGGAUUGUCUUCUUCCAUCUCCCAUGAUGCCUUUGAAGAAGCCGUAUUUGAACGCAUUGGACAGGACGACUUCAGGAUGGACACUCUGAGAUGGUUUGGGAUGCUGAGCGAUGAGUCAGUGCCUCAUGCAGACAGCAUUCUAGCUGCUCUUGCGAAGCAUUUGGAAGCCAAACUCUCCUUCGAUAAGGGCGAGCGUGACAUGAUCGUCAUGAGAAAUGAUGUGGGAAUUCGCCACCCAACUGGUGAGCUGGAGACCAAACACAUCAGCCUGGUGGUGUAUGGUGACCCCAGCGGCUUCUCCGCCAUGGCCAAGACUGUUGGAUACCCAGCAGCCAUUGCUGCUCGUAUGGUCCUUGAUGGUGACAUCAGCACGAAAGGUCUGGUGGUUCCGAUGACGAAGGAGGUCUAUGGCCUGGCGUUGGCCCGACUGAGGGAGGAAGGACUACAUUUCAUAUCAAAAAGCACGCUACAGGAGUAGAGCUAAACCUUUAAGCACAGAAGACAACCUCCAGAGAAAAUGUUUGAAGUUCACAUGCUGUUAGCUGCUUUUUUACCAACAUACUCAAACUCUGAAAACAGACUAACACUCACCUAUCUGCUAAUAGUUUGGGUUUAAAAUAUUUUUACUUCACCUGCAAGACUAAAAAAAAUAUUUUCUUAAUAUAUGUGAAAGUGAUGGAAGGUAUAAUGGCCUAAGGGAAAAAACUCUGUAGUUCAAAUAUUUGAAUUCCCAAAAAUUAUUUCAUUUUUUAAAUUAUUAUUAUUAAAAUGAAACUCAGUUUUAUGAAAAAAUUCUAAUGUUAAGUAAUCUGCAGUUUAAUAACAGAAUCCUAAAUUUGACUCAAUUCUCUCAUCUGUGCCAAUCUCAAAUCCGUUUUCACCAAUGUUGACUGGGAGGAAACUUCUUCAGUGAAUAUGUUUAGAAGAUGAUACACUAUGUGAGGCAUUACAAAUUUCAAGCUUUUGAAGUAGAAACAGAUAGCUGGUCUGACUGGAAUUUAAAGCUACAUUUCUUGAUCCCUCUAUUGUACAUUUUGACAGCUGACUUGAAAGCUGUCUCAGCACUGAUCACAAGUUUCACCAGUGACGAGCAGAAUGUUCUCACAUGUGUAAUGUUCAGUCAGAGAAUCAAAGCUACAGAUGAGUCAGGGAUGUUUUUUAACCCUUUGUGCAAUCCUAAAUCUGCAAAGGGUUGUUAGAUAUUUGUUUGUCCUGUCAGUCUGGGUAGCUGACAUUAGUUUAGACUGAAGACAUGGAUGUAGAGUCAGAUUGUGGAAAGUGGCGCUAUGUCUUAUUGCAUUGCAGGAAAGCAAUUUCCCCAUAAACACCCCUUUAAUAGAGAUGUCUGUAAAACAGGACACCUCCAUGUACAAACUAAGUGGGUUGUUUACUCUCUUUAUUAGGAAUAUAUAAUCAGUGGAAGCUUCUUAUCAGGAAAAUACACUACCGUUCAAAAGUGGGGUCACUUAGAAAUGUCCUUAAUUUUGAAAGAGAAGCAGUUUUUUUCAGUGAAGAUAACAUUAAAUGAAUCAGAAAUCCAGUCUAGACAUUGUUAAUGUGGUAAAUGACUAUUCCAGCAGGAAAGGGCUGAUUUUUAACGGAAUAUCUACAUAGGAGUACAGAGACUCAUUUCCAGCAACCAUCACUCCUGUAUUCUAAUGCUACAUUGUGUUAGUUAAUUGUGUUGAAAGGCUAACUGCUGCUUUAGAAAACCCUUGUGCAAUUAUGUUAGCACAUUAAUUAAAGUUUGAGUUUUCAUGGUAGGCAUGAAAUUGUCUGGGUGACCCCAAACUUUUCAAUGGUAGUGUAUGGUUUAUUUUAUAUGUGAUAUCCCAAGUUUUGGGUAAAUUACCACUCAUGAUGUAGCUGCAGUUUAAACGCAUUACCAUCCCCUGUAUGUAGCUGUUAUUGUAUAUAACACUAGUUUCAUAUAUUAUGAUUACAUUUGCAUAUUCUAGAAUAAAGUUAAGCUUGCCGUUUGCUAAAUUCACGCUUUCUGUGGAAAGUUGAGCAAGUGUACCUGGAAAUUACAUGUGACCGAGGAGUGACAACAUUUUAUCGCAUUAUAUUCAUGUAAAAAUAAGACACUGUAAACGUUCUAUGCUUAUUACAAAUGGAUCUUAUUUAUUACCAUUCAGAAAAUAAGGAAUUAAAAUGAAAAUAUUAUUUAGACCAGAGAUAGAGGUAUUAAAGGACCUUGGGGUCUAAGUCUGUGAGCAUGCUGUCUGGCUUAUAAUUUAUUUACCCCUGAUCUUGAUUUGGUUCGUGAAACUUUACUGAUAACAACAACUCCCAGCUGCUGUUGAACCGAGUACAAGAUGAGUAUUUAUUGUGUGCCACAGUAUUUAUUUUAUUUUUAGGUGGGAUGAGGUUACAAUGUCAACAGUUUGAAAUGAGCUAAAAGCAAAUACCAAGAGAGUUAUUUUACAUGUAUCCGAGAUAUAUAUUUUUACAAUAAUAUAUCCAUAUGUAUUCCUUGCACAUAUCGUUUAUGUAGGCCUCCGCAGGGUUUGAAACAGCAGCGUGUUGUUUGAUAUGUUGUUCAUUUUUAGGUUUGGAUCUUAAGGACUCUGGUGUGUUCCAGUCAGGUUUAAAAGGAAACAAUUCACAUCAAAACUAACGCAUGUUAUUGUCUAGUCAGAUGUUCGUGUCAGUCUGAUUAUCUAUUGCUUUACCGCCUUCCAAGUGAACACAGUUUAUUUUCUUGUGGUCUUUGUGUUUUCUAUUGUUGAGCUGGCAUUCUAUAUUUGUAACAGAUUGUUUCCUAGAAUGCUUUCUGCUUUGUAAAAUCGUCCUAUGUUGAAUAAAAGAAAAGUCAUUCUGUUGA